GAGUGGCGUGCAUGUAUAUGUGUGUGUAGAGGCAUUAACACAGAGAGGGAAAACAGGGCAAGUGUUUCUGUCUAGAUUUCAGUCUGAUAUCAACAGACAGGGAGUGUAUGCGUGUGUGUGUGUGUGUACACGUGUUUUCUAUAUGUGUGCACGAGUGUGUGUGUGUGUGCGUUUUGUGUGAAAAUGGAAGCAAAGCUGCUCAAACACAGGACAGCACUUUGGACAGCUCACACGGCCACAACCAGCUGCUGAAAGAGAGCAUCGUUGGUAUUGUUGCAUCUCUGGUCCUCCUCCUUCCGUCCUCCUCCUCCUCUUUCCCCUCCCUUCACUCAUCCAUCCAUCCUUCCACCCCCUCUCCUCUCCACACAACGCACACCGAUUUGCGCAUCGCCUCCUCCGGCAUUAUGACCAACGAUUCCCCGGAGGAGGAGACCCGGGUUCCGGGCGGUGGCGGCAGUGGAGUAGGUGGGAGAGGUAACGCACGAAGGAACCGAGCGGACGACAAUGUCACCAUCCUGACAUCCUCCAUGGAUUUACACAGAGCCAGUCGGAGCCGAGCCAGCAGCAGUAACGAUGCCGCCCCGAGCCUCACAUCCUCCGUGGAUCUGAGCACCUCCUCCCUGGAGCUGAGCAUCCAGACGCGGAUCUUUAAGAUCAUCGUCAUCGGGGACUCCAACGUGGGGAAGACCUGCCUCACCUUCCGAUUCACCGGAGGGAGCUUCCCCGACAAGACCGAGGCCACCAUCGGCGUGGAUUUCAGAGAGAAGGCGGUGGAGAUUGAAGGAGAGACUAUCAAGGUGCAGGUAUGGGACACAGCAGGCCAGGAGCGGUUCCGUAAAUCCAUGGUGGAACACUACUACCGCAAUGUCCACGCCGUGGUCUUUGUGUACGACGUCACCAAGAUGGCUUCUUUCCGCAACCUACAGACAUGGAUAGAGGAGUGUAAUGGCCAUCGGGUCUCAGCAUCAGUACCUCGAGUCCUGGUGGGAAACAAAUGUGACCUUGUGGACCAAAUACAGGUGCCGUCCAACAUGGCGUUGAAGUUCGCUGACUCUCACAACAUGCUGCUGUUUGAGACAUCAGCCAAAGACCCAAAGGAGAGUCAGCACGUCGACUCUAUCUUCAUGUCGCUGGCGUGCCGCCUGAAGGCCCAGAAAUCCCUGCUCUACAGAGACGUGGAGAGAGAGGAUGGGAGAGUCCGGCUCACACAAGAGACUGAAACAAAGAGUAAUUGUCCCUGUUGAGGAAAUGGAGGAGUGGGAGGCAUAAUGGAGGGGAAGAGAGAAGAGUAACUGUACAUGUCAAGGAAGAGGAGGAGAGGGGUGAUGGUAGAGUGAGGCUGAAACAAGGGUCUUUUAAAUUAAGUGCAACUUCUCUGGUUUAGGAGGAGGACUGGGGGUUGAGGAUGACACUAAGAGCAAUGUGUUUCAAGGAAGAGGAGGAGAGGGAGGAAGCGGUGAUGCUCGUGCGAGUCACUGAAACAUCAUCAAUAUUGUUGUUUGUUGGGGGAGGGAUGAAAGAGAUGAAAAAGGGAUUUAUUAACAAUUCAGAUUAGACGAUGUUGCCUUUUAGACUACAGUGUAGUGUAGGAAAACCCUCCAUUUAUUCAAACAUCAACAGAAGCUGAGUAAAUAUACUUAACACGGGAGUCAUUUGGGGAUCCACAACAAACAGUCUGCAUACGAGGCUGUUCUUUACUAAACCAGCCCUUUUAUUUAUCACAGCAACAUUUCUGAAGGGGACGUAUCGCGACUCGAAAGUCUUAUUUCUGCUGCCUUGUCUUUAUUGAGUUUCGUUCAUAUCCAAGCUGAAAGCAGCAUUUUCCAAACUCUAUCUACUGCCUUAAAAAGCUGCCUACGCCCAACACCAAACACUCGGGCAGCCUCUAAAGUGAAAACAUCAACUCUUUUAUGAAUGAGACUCUUUUUGUCUCAGAGUUUUAACGUACCUGAUGUCUAUCUAGGUCAGUCCAGUUGACUUAAAAUCACUGUGAGAUCACGAAAAACAUGGGAAAGAUGAAGAACACACGUCACAAAAUAGGAAGGUAGGAAAAGUCCAUGCGAGCUCAAAGGACUUGAAAAGACCUUGACAACAAGGCUUCCUGGACCAUCUAGAGGUUGUCAGGCACAUAUUGAUUGAGAGGCUGUGAGAUCCUCUUACCCUUAUGCAGGAGAAAUGCACCCUCCUACAAAGAUGGGACGCUUUUUUCUCAUCUAACCCUGAUGUAAACAAAUAUCCCCUCCAUGCUUAACUUCUGGCAGAGCGGCUUAUCCGGCUUCCCAUUUGUGUGCAGAAACAUCCAGUCUUUGCCGUACGUGGCUUUUUAGAUAUCCAGUCAGCCACCGCCGCUCUAUAUACUGUAAUGAACGAAGGUAGAGGCCUUCUGUCUGUCUUAGAUGAUGUGCUCUCCACAUCAAUAUCACUGCCCCCGUGUCUCAGACAGGGCAGGAAAGACGACAGAAAACUGUGACCCCUGUAUACAUAACGGAUAUAUCGAGUCUGGAUGUACGCUAUGAGUGGACUUAAGCCUGGUGUGUGUGUGUGUGUGUGUGUGUCUAUAAAGGAAUGAGUCCAGGAGUAUCCGAGCCGUGGAUGAAGGCUGCAUGAAACGCUGUAGAAAGCCAUAUUGAUUAUUUACUGAUGCUUUUACAUUGAGAUAUCAAUGUAAAUCCAAUCCACAAGCCUCACUGUGACGCAGUCGAGCAGCACACUCGCUAAUCUCACCCUAUUUUAACAUCGUAGCCUACUUUUGAGCUAUGCUAUAAAUAUAUUUGGACGCCAUAUGUGAAGAAAUCAGAUCAGUGAGCAUUUCACACCAGUGUUCCCUCCGAGCUGACAGUCUGUGACCUAAUUAAUUCAUCCCAUUGAGCAAUUUAAGCACUGUGCACACAUCCAAGUGAUAUCCAGCUUUUGUCCAAACAGGUUCUUGUGAUUUUUAUUCAGAAAUGUCACUCCAGGUACAGAUACCAUACGUGCACGGGCAAAUCUAUGACAUGCAGCCCAUGUAGGUUCAACAAAAGCUGGUCAAGAGAACAUCCAUUUUCCAAACCAUUUAUUCUCUUCAGGGUCGGGAAAGUGUAACUUUCUAUCUGUUAACACAUCUAUGGCUCUGUUUACCAUUAGGUUAGUGUAACCUGGUUAAUUUAGUCGCCGUAAUACAUGUGAGAUGACUGUACUGGCCUCAUGAGAAGAUAAAAAGCCAUGCUGUGACUGCAUUUCCUUCAUAAACUUACCAGAUCUGAAUCAAAUAACAUCUGACAAAUAACUGAAAAAGAAAAAAAGUGUAAUUACUCAUUACAGUUUGAAUUUGACAUAUCUCCUUGAGUGUUUGAAAUCAUAACCAAUUUAUAUUUUAUUCUUGAAGUUAAGAAUAUAAAUGUAAAGUGUGUGUUCACUCGCCUUUCCUCUUCCUUUGCACACACACACACACAUUGAUUUGUUAUACAUUUGCGGUCGAUAUCAGCCUUUUUUUUAAAUAACCCACGUUUGCUCUUAAAGGGAUGUCUUGACAUUUUGAUGUUUAGUCUGGUAUUUUUUUUAAAAUGGUGAAUGAAUCCUUGCAACAUCAGGGUACAGUGGUACUAGAGCUGUAACGAUCUGUCAAUCAAUUGAUUUUGUUUUGAUAAUCGAUUUUUCAAGCCAAAAACAUUCCUCUGGUUCUUCAAACAUUUGCUGGUUUUCUUGACUGAAUAUUUUUUGGGUUUAAAUGAGAAAGUAAUUGGCAGA